AAUUCUUGUCUUCUUUUUCAGGUACAAACACAAGUUGAGGAAUGAUAAGCAGCAUCUCUUCUGAAUCAUAAAUACAAUUUUGUCAUAAGAAUCUAAGAUUAUCUUGGAUCAGAUGAUCCUUUUCAGAGAAAGAAGACAUAUAUGUGGCUUUACUGAAGUUCACUAUGGAAGUGGUGGGAGUAGUAGAGACGGUGAAUCAGUCUUUCGAGGAAUUCGAGAUAUUAAAGAAAGCAGUUCCAAAGCUCCCCAUUAUUCAGAUGGCAACAACUUCCGUUUCCACUCUUGUUUCACUUCGAGAAGGGUGACAUUGGCGCAAAAAAAUUCACAAUACUGCCACUCGAAGCCCUAUUCUGACUCCUUUUGGGGUCAAGUCCUUAUUGGGGCGUAUCGAAGAAAGUUAUCAACUUAUUGUGCUUUAGACGACCAUGUAGCUAACAAAAGGCCCAAUGAGUUUCGGUAUAUUCCUGCCAAUGGUUACACAGAGAAUCCAAAUGGACCCAAGACAGUCACCAAUCGUUCACAUCAAGACUCGUUACGUUUAGAGAAAGCCGAUAUAGCAGUAAAAGGACAAUUGGACAAGUUGGAAAGAAGCAUUGAUAGUGUAGAAGCCAACGACUCCACCAAAGUAGCUUUAAGACCUCAUCAUAUUGUCAAGUUGUUAGAUUCUUUGGUGUUUUUCGAUGAUAUUCUUCGAAAUGACCCUUUAUGUGAAGCUGCAGUAGAUUUAGUGGAGAGCUUAGCGAGACAUUGGAAUAAGGAAAAGAAUUCUACCAAUUUGGACGAAGAACAAGAGGAAGAUGAUGAUAGUGAAGACGAUGAGGAAGAUGAAAUGGAAAAAAAUGAGUUGGAAGAAUAUGAAUCUGAAGAUUUAGUAUCAGCAAUAUCGCAACUGGCCCAUUCUGAUCGCAAUUCUAUGGACCACAGUUAUUUUUCUCGAACAUCAGUUUUACCUUUGGGUGUUUCGUUAUCUCACCACGGAAAGAAGAGCGCUAGUCUUUUUGAGGCUUGUAAAGCAUACCUUAAAGUUUUGGCAGAUUUCAACAACUCAUGGGAAGAUCAUUUUAUCCAACUUGUUCUGUUUUACAGUAACAAUUCUUUUACUCGAGCUUGUAUUCGAGCUGAAGGCAUUCCUUCUAAACUUCAGCCAUGUAUUGUCGCCAGUGCUUGUCGUGACUUGUUUGCGCUGGAACAACUCUAUCGACACUUAAACCCGGAUAUUCUUUCCUAUUGGGUGAAUGAAGUUUCUCCAGAACUUGGUCAGCUGUUUUACUUGGAUAGCAAUGUUAUCUCAUCUAUUCAUCAAGUUAAGGAUAAAGAUGAUAUAGCGCUAGCUGAACUCAUGAAAGAAUCUUCUUCUCGAUGGCCGGAACUUGUAGAAGAAUUGAUCAAAAGAUAUGGAAAGAGAGGUUGUGGUGUAUUUGCUGUAAAUUAUGUGUUUCGAUAUGUUGGCACGUCGAAUAAUCCUUUUCUUCCUUUGGAGAGUUUUGAUGCUGUAAAUUUAGAUGAGCUUAUUGGAAUAGAAGAACACAAGGUAGCUUUGAUGAAGAAUAUAGAGUUUUUCUUGAGUGGUAAAAGAGCACACAAUGUUCUUUUGAUUGGUUCUCGAGGAACAGGAAAGUCAUCAUUGGUAAAGGCAGUUGCACAAGCAACCUUUGAGCGUGGUUUACGUAUCAUUCAAUUGGAUGAUGCUUUGGAACUUCGAGAAUUGCGCAAUUCUUAUUCAGAAUUGUUCCAUUUGCCACAUCGAUUUCUUAUUUUUAUGGAUGAUAUUGGUGCAGAUAUGACUAGUGAAGAAAUUCGUGCUAUAAAGUCAGUAAUGGAAGGUGGCUUACAAACUAUGCCUUCGAAUAUGAUCAUUGUAGCUACUUGCAAUAGAAGAAGUUUGCUAUUUCCUGAAAUUGCUAGAGCAGAGUCGAGUUAUCGAUAUCGUGGUGGAGAAGAUGUGAAUAUGUGGGAUGCUGAAGAAGAACGUUUAGGUUUGGGAGAGCGGUUUGGACUUGUAUUAACUUUUGCGCCGCCAGAUUCGAAGAGGUAUAUACAAGUUGUUAAGCAUUUAGCUCAUUGUUAUUCCCUUAAUCCUUAUGAUGACUUUCUUAUACAAAGGGCUGUCGAUUUUGCCAAACGGAAAAAUAGCUAUUCAGGUAGAACAGCCAAGCAAUUUAUAAUACAGAUAUGGAGUGAGCAAGCUUAUCUUCAGGAUUCCUGGAAGUCUCAUAAGAACAUAUAAGUCAUUAUCAUAAUAAUAUAUAUAUAUAUAUAUAU